AACGUUUUGUUGUGAACGAAGCCUGUAUUACCUAUGGAACAGCUGGCCAUGGGUAUAUGCAUUUUAUGUGCCGAAUGCCAGAGUCCUAAUAUAAUACAUAGAGAACGAUACAAUCGAAACGUUGAUUACAAAAUCAUCUUUUUACUAGCUUGGUGAUGGAUCUUGAACGUUUUGACCGCAGCAUUCUCUAACUGCUGGGAGCAUUAUAGGUAGACGCUGUAACUGUCAGGAGCAUUAUCUAAAGGCCUACAAUGUAGGUUGACUGUCAAGGGGAAAAGUAAAUCUGAAACAUCCAGAAGGUUAUGGGAAUGUUGUAAACUCGCUCUGGAUCAUCAGCUGCAGCAAUGAUUUGACUUGCUAGCGGCGACGUGAACAAUGACCACAACUAUGACAACGCCAACCACAACAUCCGGCCAUUCAAUGGACCACAUGCACAUGGGCUCAGGGAUGGCGAUGUACUUCCACGCCGGUACAAAAGAGUACGUCCUCUUAAAACAGCUACGGGUGGACAGCAUUGGUGGCAUGGCCCUCGCCUGUUGCUUCGUCAUCAUCCUGGGCAUCUGCUUCGAGGGGCUGAAGAUGAUCCGGGUAUUCUUAUUCAAAUGCUCUGCUGAAUAUGGUCGGGAGGUGACGGAGAAGACAAAGUUGGUCUCCAGGCCCCCCUCGGAGUCGGAUCCGGUGUUACCAAAGGAGGCUGAGAAUAAGGAGAAGAUGUUAAGCUGUCGUAUGUUCAAUGGAAUCCACCUAUUGCAAUGCUUCCUCCAUGUACUGCAGCUGUUUCUAGGAUACUGCUCAAUGUUGAUCUUCAUGACGUAUAACGUGUGGUUGUGUUUGUCCGUCCUGAUUGGAGCUGCGCUGGGAUAUGCCUUAUUCGGGUGUCACAGACAACAGAAGGAGGAAUGAAGACAUUGUUAGCAGAUCAAGACUUUAUUUCCAUAUUGAUGACAUGGACUUCUCUUAUGUUGAUCUCUAUGAUGUAUAAUGUACUGUAUAUCUCCGUUUGUCGAUCCUGAUCGGGGCUGCACUGGGAUAUGUCUUAUUCGGGUGUCACAGACAACAGAUGGAGAAAUCAAGACAUUGCAUGCAUUUGACAAGGCUUUUACUUCCAUAUCGAUAACAUGGCUGGGCACUUUUUCUGUUUAUGUCUCUAACGUAUAACCAAGGAUAGAUGCAUAUUCUUGUUCGUUUGUCCUGAAUGGAGCUGCGGUGGGGUUUAUGGAGGUCACAAGCAGCUUACGGAUGAAUUAUGACUCUGCGAGGGUUUAUACUAGCAUAUUGACAUGUCUGUUGACAUUACAUGUAUAAUGGCACUUAACACUACUGAUUUUAAUGACGGAUGGGCUCAUGAAUCUCAUGCACAUACAUUAUAACAUGUUUGUUAGAGCAGGUGAUAUGAAUAGUCCUGGAUUCAAAUACAAAAUGAAAAUAA